AUGGUGCUGCGCAGCUCAUGUCACCUAUAGAAUUAAAGAACGAAAGAGACUCGUAGCUUCCGGCGGUCUCUAGCCAAGACCCUAACGGGAAGGAGGCGGGGCGAGACUGGUGUAGACCUGCCCCCGGCAGCCGUCAAGCGACCUAGGCGUGUUUUGCGACAACAGGCGGGGAUCCUUUUCCGGCGGGUAUGUGGACCCUGAGGCCCCCAAGGCAACCUCUCUUAGUGCGUAUGGCUCCCCACAGCAACCCUGGCUCCUGGCCAUAGCGGCGGCGCUUCUCUGUCUAGAGAGCGGUGCUAAGGAGGCUCUGAGCUGCUCCACUAGGUGACCUUAGUCUAGCCCCCUGCUAGUCUGACCUUAGUCUAGUCCCCUGCUAGUGUGUCUGAGAUCUCCUGAGCGGUGGAGGACACGGGCUGGCCCAGGGCAGGAGGAGCUCCGGGCAGCAGGGUCGGGACCGGAGGAGAUGCCCCUCCACGUGAAGUGGCCAUUCCCCGCGGUGCCCCGGCUCACCUGGACCAUAGCCAGCAGCGUCGUCAUGGGCCUGGUGGGCACCUACAGCUGCUUCUGGACCAAGUACAUGAACCAACUCACCGUGCACAACAAAGAAGUGUUGUAUGAGCUCAUUGAGAACCGAGGCCCUGCCACACCCCUUAUCACCGUCUCCAACCACCAAUCCUGCAUGGAUGACCCUCAUCUAUGGGGAAUCCUGAAACUUCGCCACAUCUGGAACCUGAAGUUGAUGCGUUGGACCCCUGCAGCUGCAGACAUCUGCUUCACCAAGGAGCUGCACUCUCAUUUCUUCAGCUUGGGCAAAUGUGUGCCUGUGUGUCGAGGAGAUGGUGUCUACCAGAAAGGGAUGGACUUCAUUUUGGAGAAGCUUAACCAUGGGGACUGGGUACACAUCUUUCCAGAAGGGAAAGUAAACAUGAGUUCUGAGUUCCUGCGCUUCAAAUGGGUAGGAAUUGGACGGCUGAUUGCUGAGUGUCAUCUAAACCCAAUCAUCUUGCCACUAUGGCAUGUUGGAAUGAAUGAUGUCCUCCCUAAUAGCCCGCCCUACUUCCCCCGAUUUGGACAGAAAAUCACCGUGCUGAUCGGGAAGCCCUUCAGUGCACUCCCUGUGCUUGAGCGGCUCCGGGCAGAAAACAAGUCUGCUGUGGAGAUUCGGAAAGCCCUCACAGACUUCAUUCAAGAGGAAUUCCAGCGGCUGAAGAUGCAGGCGGAACAGCUCCACAACCAUUUCCAGCCUGGAAGAUAGGUUUUGCCUGCCCAGUCUGUGCCCUGAAGUCCUUAGCCAAGGGAGCACUGGAUCCUCCAGGGUUUGGGAAGUGGUGGUGCAGGACCCUGCCCAACCCUGCUUGGCUCUGUACUGCCUUUGAGAUUCUUCCCUGCACAAAACUGAGGCUGGAAGAUGAACUGAUGCUUUUAACUCAGAUUGGCUCAUAAUCCCUGCUGGAUACUGUUUUGUUUUGUUUUGUUUUGUUUUGUUUUGUUUUGAGACAGAGUUUCUCUAUGUAGCCCUGGCUCUCCUGGAACUUACUCUGUAGACCAGGUUGGCCUUGAACUCAUAGUGAUCCAUCUGCCUGUGCCUCCCAAGUGCUAGGAUUAAAGGUGUGUGCCACCAUUGCUUGGCCUGGAUACCCUUUUUUAUCCUCAAGCAUCUGGUUCCUCUGGGUCUCCUGGGCUAAAAGAAGAGCCUUGGCUGUCCCUCACACUUGGCAGAGAAGGGAGGAAGACUCUUAGGCAGGGGCUGGCCUCCUUCUCACAUCUCUCAGGGGCUAGCAUUGGAAGGGAGCAAAACAGGCAGUUGCGAAACUGGUAGGAGAAUAGGUGUCCUGGCCAUAGAUGCAGAAAGAGGACCCAAAUGGCCCCUUGGAUGGACUACCACUUGCCUAUAUUUACCCAGGAACUUCUCACAAUCUCCUUAGGAAUGGCUGUCAGCCAGGUCAUUCUUCUACCUGAGCUUCUCCUGCUGCAAGGUUUGUCCUUGGGUGGUCUCCAGACAAGAGCAAGUCUUGGCCAGGAUUCAAGCCUAGCUAAACUUAACUAGAUGUUUCUGCUAGAUUGCAGAAAAAGGGCCCCCAAGACCUGACUGUGAACCCCCCAAUGUCAGGGCCUACCCACUUCUCUAACCUUUUUGCCUUGACAUUCCCUAUGUCCUGAGGUCUGGGUUUUCGUGUUUUUAGAGUAAUAAAAUAUUUGUGUUAUGCCA